GUGUCACAGCCAGGAAGCGUCCUCGCGCCAGCUGAGUGGAGCCGUGACAGCUCGGCCAGCUGCCCGGCAGAGUGGCGCGUGACUGACCGUGGAGCUUCUCUGGAGAAAGGGUGGAGAGUGCAAAGUGAAGUCAUGACUGGUCAAUUUGAGAGGUUGUAGAGGAUCACCAGUGAACAUGCCUUUGAUACCAGUUGUGCCAGAGAACCACAGUCAUGUUCUGGCAGAGUUUGACUGCCUCGAUCCACUUCUGUCUGCUCUCCGUUUGGACUCAGGCAGGCUCAAGUGUACCUGUUUGGCAGUGUCAAGGAAGUGGCUUGCUUUAGGAACAUCAGCAGGAGGGUUGCACCUGAUCCAGAAGGAGGGCUGGAAGCAAAGGCUCAUCCUCACUCACAAGGAGGGAUCUAUCGCUGAGGUGGCAUGUUGCCCUCAUGAUGAAGACUUCAUUGCUGUUGCAACAAGUCAGGGUCUGGUGGUGGUGUGGGAGCUGCAGCUGGAGCGACGGGGUCGUCCAGAGAGAGUCAGUGUGUCCUGGGAGCACAGAGGUCAGGCCAUCUCUGCACUCUGCUGGGACACCAGCACACUUAGAGUUUUUGUCGGGGACACUGGAGGCAAGGUGUCCUUUCUCCGUGCAGGAUCCUCCAAGAUGGGCAAGGGGUCAGCAUUCGUUAUCUUCCCUGUUCAGACCGUCACCACUGUGGACUCCAGAGUGGUUCAGCUCGGGUACCAAGAUGGCCGCCUGCUAAUAUCUUCCCUGAGCCGCUGCUACCUCUGUGACACAGAGAGGGAGAAGUUCUGGCGUGUUGGAAAUAAGGAGCGUGAUGGGGAGUAUGGAGCAUGUUUUUUCCCUCAGAACAGGGGAUUAUUGGUUGGUCAGCCCCCCCUGCUGUACUCUGCCCGGCCAGGGUCACGAAUAUGGGAGGCCAGUUUUAAUGGCGAGGUUCUGAGCACCCAUCAGUUCAAACAGCCAUUGGCCUGUCCUCCUCUACCUCUCAUCCCUUACAGAGAUGAGCCCCAAUAUUACAACCCAGUGCAGAAGAGCCCCCAGUCAAUCGCCUUCCCGAAACUGCUUUAUUUUGGAGACCAAAACCUGCUGACCUGGACUCAUUCAGCUGUUUAUAUCUUCACACCUCAGAACGGACAAGUGCUUCUGUGGACUGAAGUCAAAGACUUGGUGGAUAUUGCUGUCUACCGCAACGAGCUCUUCUGUCUCCAUGGCAGCGGACGUCUGUCCCACCUCUCCCUGUUAUCUGCAGAGCGCUGUGUUGAGCGUCUGCUCCGGAGGGAGUCCUGGCCUCUAGCUGCUAUGGUCUGCUGUAUGUUCCAGCACACAAUCACCACCAGCAGGGCCAGGAAAGCAAUUCCCAUCGACCGCCUUGAGCAUCUCAGGUCCCAGCUCAGCUCCAACACACACCUGGAGCUGACUGGCCAGUUGGAGGAAGUCAUCUCUAAACUGGAGCCUUUGGACUCCGCCUCCAGCAGCCGAAGAAGUAGCAUCUCCUCACAUGAGAGCUUCAACGUGCUGGACUGUGGAAUCUAUCGCGUGAUCAGCCGCAGAGGAAGUCAGUCAGAUGAGGAGACGAGCUCCCUCAUCAAUCAGUCCAUGUCGGAGGAGGAGCGGCUCAAAGAGUUCAGUUUUGUGCAGGAGGAUGAUCAGGUGGAUCAUGAUCCACAGAGCAGUGAGCGUAUGGAGGCUGAGCGAUCUGAGCAAGGCCUGCACUUCCACCUCCCCCUCUCAUUCCGUCCCAAACCCCCCCGCAUCGCUCUGCAGGCUGUCAAAGACAGUGUUUCUAGUUUUGUUAAGAAGACAACUGAGAGGAUCAACACCCUGCAGAUGAACUCUGAGCUCUGGCAGCGGCCUGAAUUCAAAGACAGCGGACAUUCAGAAAUGUCAGCCUCAGCCUCCUACUCAGAGGAAAUGGACAAUGAAGUUUAUGACGAAAUGCCAAACGCAGAGGCCGACAUGCAGGAACUUCAAUCGGCGACGGAGCGCGCUAUCUCCCAGAUCCAAGAUCCUUUGGUGCUUCUGGAUCCGGUCUGCCUGGGAGAAGCUCUGCAGGAGUGGCUGGCGGUGCUGCAGCGAAUACUCGGACCCGUAGAGCACAGGUCAACUGCUGCGGGUGAUUCCAAUGUGGAUGUACCGGGAGAGGAGAGGUGGGAUUAUCUAAACUCCUGCUCAGAGCAACAAGAGGAGUCUUUGAUCUCAUCAGGAGAACCCGCAGAGAGCAUCACAGAGGAGAAGAAAGAAGAGACUUGUGAGCUUGAAGAAAAAGAGGACCAGUGUGAGUCAAAUGGGAGCCCUCCAGAUCCUGUUCGAGUGGUGUCUCCCAAACCAGUACCAUCGGAUCUACUGGCAGAUCUCACCCAGCUGGCAACGUUAUACACAGAGAUGAGGUGCUUUAAAAACCAGGAGAAUGAAGUCUUGGGUUGUACAACUUUCCUGCGCUCCUACUUCUUUCUGCUGGACCAAGAGCGUGUGAGAAGAAUGUGUCUGCUGUGUCAUCAGGAUCAGCCGGAGGUGCAGAGCUCCUUCAUCGAGGCCAUGCUAGAUCUCACUCAGUCCAGUAAGGUGGUGGAGGUUAUUCGGAGAGGGGAUCUGCUGAGAUCGCUGCGCAGUCUAAGAGAACUGCAGCCCUGGAGUGCCCCUCCACUCCUUGCUCACUUACACAGGCUGUAUCAAAAGCACAGGGAGGCGGCUGUACGCUCAUUUACGCAGUUCUAUCCCACGAUAACUCCUGCUGAUGUAAUGACCAUGGCUCAACAAGGCCACUUCCUGGCGUACCUGGAUAAUCUGGUCCAAUCACGAACUGAGGAGCACAGGUUGUCAUUUCUGCAGUCCCUUCUUGAACCAGAAUCACUGAGACAGGAUUGGCUGGAGCUGGCACUUACCCACGAUGCCCCUCAACGCUGUGAUACCCUGAGUCCUGAUGGACAGCCCAGGUGGCAUUCGCAUUGCUUCAGUUGGGGUUAUGGACGCCUCCUGUCUCUCCUGAUUCGUCUUCCAGCAGACCUGUCCUCCAAGCAGAAGAUGGCAGAGACUUGCCGCAGUCACGGGUAUUGGACGGGCUACAUAUAUCUCUGCUGUGAGCUGCAGUGUCGCAAAGAAGCGUUCACCACCAUCUGUCAGCUGGAUGACAUCAGUCUGCUGGACGAAGCUGAUGGUGUUGUGCCUCAGACCCUGGAAGAGUGGAGGCUCUUGAUCCAGUUAUCUCAGCGAUGCAGCAGCGAGGUAGACUCGGAGCAGGUCACAGGUGUGAAUGGGAGCAGCCGGUCCAACAGCUUGGCAGAUUGUGAUGGAAAGAUCAGCCCAGAGAAACUGACCCUGAUGCUGGCCCGAACAGCCGGGCCUGACCGCGCCAUGGCCGUCCUAGAGGAGUGCGGAGUGCAGUUGGUCCUUUCACCACACUCCAAACUGGUCUGCGAGCUUCUGAGAGUCACUGAGAAGAGGCAGAGAGCAAUGAUCCAGACGAUGCUUGAGCGCUGCGAUCGCUUCCUCUGGUCUCAGCACGCCUAACGUGCAGCUUCUCUGCACCAACUAAGAUCACUAACACUGAAUAUAAAUCUCCCCAGUAACUGCUGCUGUAGCUGCAACUAAAGUGGUGCACUGUACUAUUUGUAAAAGCUUCACAGUUUAUAUUAAGGUACAUAUCCUUUCCUCUGAAAACAGUAUUAUCUUAUUAACUUUACUUAAAUGUGUCUUUUGCAUCUAGAGGACACAAAUGAAGUGUCAACAAUUACAGUGAAAUGUCCAACCAACUAAUAUGUGAAUAAAAGUUGUCUGUAUUUUAUUUAUUUUUUGUUUGUUAUAAGAACUAAAAUGUUUUUUGUCAGCAUGAUGAUAUUACAGCCUAACAAGCAGAGAACAAGCACAAGAGGAGUUUUAAUCCAACCUGCAGAUUCCUUAAUUGUGUGUUUUUGUUUAUUUCUGCACACCAGAAGCUUAAACAUUAUUUAUUUGUUUCUUUAAACGAUAAUGUAAUCCCAUGUAUCCAGACAUAUAGAUAGUUAGGAUGUAUUUCUUGAGAUUGUGAGAGCGUUAAAGACCUAAAAUAAUCCACAUAACUAGAAACCAUUAAAGAUAAGUGGGGAAGGCCUUUUAUUUACCUGUAGUUCAAGUAUUAGUUUGAAUCUUCAACAGGACAUUUUUGCGAACAAAAACAUUUCUACAUUUCAGUUCUUGAACGUCACAUAAAGUGGAUUAUAGGUAAUGUUGUUCAACAGAGAUAAUAUUAAUACCAUCGUAAUGAAAUGGGACUGAUGACUCAUUUGAUGGUAUCACACACCUGGAGCAUCAAAGGGAAGAUGGAGCCCGCUGCGUCACAUUUGAGCUCUGAAGGAACCGGACACAACCCAACUUUGAGUCACAUCCUCUACGCUGGUUUAACUGAGAGCUUUCUGUUCUUAUUUCCAUCCUGUUCCCUGGUUCUUCAAUCAUUUCCCAGAAUCCUCAUCUUCCAGCUCACCCACCUGUCUGCAUUACUGGCAAAGGGACGAUCAGAUUGAAGGUUUUGACAUGUGGCAGACAGACAUACUUGUAAUGAAAGAUGUACUUUACAUGAAAUUGUGAGAUUCCAUUUGGCUGCUAAAUAAUAAUAAAUGACCCUGUCUUUUCAA